AUGAUAUUGGAAUUUGGACAAAUAAUCAAAUUAUUAUUGAUAUUGGAAUUUGAACAAAAUUUUAAUGAUACUCUAAAUUAUUCAAUCAGUGAUGAAUCAAAUUUGGAGAGAAUACUAAUACAUCAAGGUUGGGCUAAAUGGUCUGAAUGGGGGCCAUGUUCUAAUUUGUGCGGUGAUGGUAUAUCAAGUCAAUUAAGACGUUGUUUAGACGUACGUUGCGUAGGACCAAAUCGACGGGAACGUGUUUGUAAUAUGCACCAAUGUGAUAAUACUUCAAUUCAAACAAAAGAAACAGACUGCUCAAAAUUGGAUAGUUUAUCAUCAUCAUCAUAUGAUAAUAAUAAUACUAAAUUGAUACCGGAACGAUGGAUUCCUGUAAAAAGUAGUCAUCAGUGUAUUGUGGUGUGCCGUUCGUUAGAAACCGGUGAAGAACAGGAAAUAGAAAAGGUGAUCGAUGGUACUGAAUGUUUCAUCGAAGGAUAUAAUAAAUCUGUUUGUGUGGAUGGCAUUUGUCAGUAUAUUGGUUGUGAUGGUAUUGUACAAUCAAAUGCUCGUUAUGAUCCAUGUGGAAUAUGUGGCGGUACGGGUGAAAGUUGUGGACGUACAAUAUUUCAAUGGAAGGAUACGAAACAAUUUUCACCUUGUGAUGCUACUUGUGGACCAAAUGCUCAUCGUGUAUCAGUAUCAAUAUGUCAAAAUGUACGAAAUGGAAGAGUGGUACCAGAACGACUUUGUGCUGAUCAACCGCGACCACGUCCAGUUGUUGAAAAAUGUCCACAUAUCAUUUGUCCAUCACAGUAUGUUUUUUAA